AAUUCAAUUCUAAUUUUCACAGAAAAACAAUAUAUCAAUUGUUCAAUUGUUGAGGUCAACAAUUUAGUCGCAUAUUCGCAAACGAUCCGUCUAGACGCGGGAAAGAGUUUUUGAAGAUUUGCAGAAUAAUAAUUUAUAUCAGAGUUAAGUUUGACCUUGUGGAUCCAACUUCAUAAAAACAAAAUGCACGUUUUUGAGUUAAGAAAUUUGAAGGAUGAUUCUUACAGAUGCGAAUGGUGCGGCCAGAAGUUUAAUACGCAAUCAGCGUUACAACAACACAUUAAUAAAGCACAUACACCCCGAAAUAACGGUGCUGGUUCAAAUGAAACAUUUAAGUACGAAGAGUAUUUGAUGAACGUGUUUCUUGAUGUGGUUUACAAAUGCCGAUAUUGCGGCAUGACAUUUAAAACGGAAUCAGAUUUAGAAGAUCACAUUAAGCAAUGGCAUACACCCAUGCCUAACGGUGAUAGUUUAGGUGGAUCGUUUAAAUACAAUAAGCACGGGACAACAUGCGGAGGACUUUUUAACGUAAAUCAGAACAUUCCUCUUUCUGAUUCCACUUCAUGCGAAAUGUUUUCAAUAUUUGAACAACUACGGACAAUUCUUGAAAAAUUUAAAAAAUUAAAUUUAGUAAAGAAAACUUAUGAAGAAUGCUUCAAAUUUUUGAAAAAAAGUAAAGGUGAGGAAGAUAUAAAAGAUCAAGACUUAAAUAACAAACAAUACGAUGAAGCAGAACAGAAGCAAGAUCCAGCAGGUCAUCAGGAAUUUUCUCCUGCAAGUGAAGAAAAAAAUCUUCAAUUGGAAAAUUGAAAAUUUCAGAUUGAGAUUGAAAUUGGAUAAUCUUCAAAAUUAUAAAUAUUAAAUUUGGCUGUUUCCCGCAAAAUUUACAACGCUAACAGCAUUCGAUACGAUUAUUUCUGCUGCAAAAAUUUAAUUAAUUUUAAAUUUGAUAAAAACAUAUUCUAAAUUCAAAAUUGUACACGUUUAUUAAUGAAAUUUACUCUAAUAAAAUCGUUU